AGACAUAUUUGAGAAAAGCCAUGAGAUCAAAAGUCUACAUGUGGAAAUACCUUCAUUUGGAACAUCUAGUUUGGAAAAAAUAAGACCUGAGCUUCCUCUUGGCUUGGUACAGAAACACAUUUGUCAGUCCACAGUUGAUGUAUCUGCACGAAAGGCCUCAUACUCUGAGGUUCCAAUGCCAACCCUCAAAGCAGGCUUCAGUGUCAGUCUCAACUCCAUCCCCAAACAAAGGAACGUCACCGCUAUCUCAGCAAAUCACUGGACUCAAAGACAGGGAUAUUUUGAAGAUGAAGGAUACAUCAGAUGUGGCAGAGAAAAGAGCAGUCGAACCCUCCAUGAAGUCAGUGACAUCAAUUGCAUCUUCAACUGCUGAGAAAAACACUGUUGGACCAGGAACAUCUCCCUUACCUACAGAGUCAAAGGCAACCCAGAAGCCAAAAGGCUUUAAAGCUAAACUCAGUGGAUGGACACGUCUCAAGAAACACAUGGUGGUUGAACCAGAGGAACCAGCUUUUCCAAAGCCACUGGACAAAUCUCAGGAUGAGUCCAGUGACAAGAAAAACACAAACAGCGAUAGUAAGGAAAGGUUGUCAGCAGAACAAUGUGAAAAUCAAGACUUGGUCAAGAACAAAGAGGUCUCUCUAAGUCCAAGGGCGCUGAGUAUGUGGGAUGCUCUCCUCUUUCAGAUGUUCUCGACCAAAGACCGAAUCAUGCAGCAGAUCAACUCCACCAAAAAAGAUUUGGAAAAGAAAAAGGUCUCUAAUGACAAGCAAGAGGAAGUUCCAUCCUUUGUCAAUCGCUUACCACUCUUGCUGUACAGUCCUCGAUUUGAUGCUAGGAAAUUAAAAGAGGCAGCCGAGAAGCCAUUGACAAAAGUAGCGUCGGUGUUUGAAAGAGGACUAAUGAAGCGAAAAACUCAGGAGGAUGAUCGCAAGGACUUCAAUAGAAUAGCCAGAGGAUUUGAACCCAAUUAAGCAGAAAUGUGACUUGGACAAAUGUGCCUGAGGUUGAUUAAUUAGUCUAUUGCUUCACUGAAGAUGAGGAGGGUUUUUUUAACCUUCUGGGAGAACAAUGAACUAAGUAUUCUCAAAUGUGUUCGGUUGAGCCAAAUUAAGAAACCAAAUUAACUUUGAAAGAAUUGUUUUAAUAUAAUAUUUAUUGAACAUUUCUUCUUCGUUCUCAUCACUCAUGCAUUUACCCAAAGAUGUGUUUUUAUGGUCUUAAUAGUGUAAAUAGUUGUGAAUUGUGAAAACGCAUCAUGUGCUCGAGGCACCUUUGCACUUUUCAUUUACAAAUUUGAAAAAAAAAAAAGCUAACCAAAACAACAGUGAAUUUUAAAAAUGAAUCCAGGUUCGAUUAGUUGUACUGUAGCAAGUUGCAUCUAUGUAUUUAUCGGGGUUAGCUUCUCAGUUCUAAACCACUGUAAUAAAUUUGGAUUUACAUUCCUAAAUCAACUAAGAUGACGCAUUUUUAGAUGAAUAUUGGACAGAACGACCCUGGGAGUUAUGCAUGGAGGGAAAUAAGUACUAUGUCUGUCAGUAACUGGCCAGUCAACAAGCCAGCAAAGUGGAGAUAUCUGAUAUGUUAAGAGAUAAAACUUGUGCGUUGGAAUGGGAGUGUGAAUCAAACAUUUUUUUGGGGGGUGGCACUUCACACAUUAAUAAUAAUCAUAAUCUGAGGUUGAACUUUGGAAGUUAAUAAUGAUGAUGUUAUGCUGGUUGUGUCUUCUGUGUGCAAACUUAUGAUGAAAAGAAAGUGAAAUUGAAGAAAAUGCAUUAUACAGCAUAUCGGUGUCAUAUUUCACACCUCUCAUACCAUUUCUGCUGUGAGAGUAAUUAUGCAUAGACUGCUUGUGGUUUUGACUCUGAUUGCCCCCCCUAAACCCCCCCCCCCCCGUACUGUCUUAAAAUGAAAAGAAUCUUAUAGGAUUUAAUUUGCGAUGUUAAGGUUCCUUUAUUCCAAUAAACCACAGGUGUCAAACUCAAGGCCCGGUGGCCAGAUACGGCCCGCCACAUCAUUUUCUGUGGCCUGCGAAGAAUUACUAGAAUUGCAAAUUGUCUUCACUUUUAAUAAUAUCUUUUUUUUUAAAUAUUUGACCAGUUUUUACUCGUCUGAUUUGAAAACGAGUUAUUUGUCAAUUUGUUUUGUAGCUUUUACUGUAUAUAAUAUGAGGUGCUCAUACAUUUAUUUGGGUUGACAGCCAUAAUGGCCCUCCGAAAGAAGCUAUGACUACAAUGCGGCCUGCGAAAAAAAUGAGUUUGACACCCCUGCAAUAAGCUAUCAACGACCUCGUUUAUUCCACUGAUGUUUACUGUAAAUGUUCAAAGUCUGCAUACAUUUGAAGGGUUUUAUUUUCACUGCUUGCAUUUCCCUAAAACACUACAUACAGUAUGUAGUUUGUCAUUACAGCUGCCAGGUUGUCAUGGCUGCAAAUAAGUUGCAUCUGAAAACAAACCAAGUAAAUGUGAUUCUGUUCUUUUUUUACCCUGCCCCUUCUGAGAAAAAAUAGGGCUUGGUUCAAAUGUUUUGUUUGCUGAACACAAACACUUAAGUUAGUCCACCAUUAUCCUAACAGACAAAUCAUAUAAAAUUGUUAUCGAUCCUCCCGUACAUGAACAAAAUGCAAUCUUAUGAAACUGGCUGACAAAAAGAUCAAUUAAACUUCUCAUGACAACA